GGGUGUAACGUCGCCAUUUUGAAUAAGUUUUUAUCGUGUUUGUUGCAUUAUUUACAUCAAAAAACUGAUUAAAUCGUUACAAAACCAUCAACAGCAUGAACUCUCUCCUCAGUUACGGAAGUGACGACGAUUGCGACGACUCUUCGGACGAAAAGCCAACGUCGAUCAUCAACGACCUUAUUAACAGGACUGCCGUGGGAGCUCCAAGGACAAACAGGGCCCUUCUGGCCGCCAAACCGACACCAACUACGAAGAAGUCCAAAUGGAUCUGAGCGAGGAAUCGAACGACUCCAAACCAGAAACAAAAGAACGGAGAUCACGUGACCGCUACACUCGCAAAGACCGUCGCAGUCGCGACAGAGACAGUAAAUACAGUAGGCGGGAUCGCGACAGAGACAGAGACAGGGAACGCGAGCGAGAGAAAGAGAGAAAAUCGCGCCGCUCGUUGAGCAGAGAGAGACGGAGAAGCCGGUCUCCGAGACGCGAGCGGUCGCGGUCACGCGACCGCCCCCGGAAGUACACGAAGCGGUACGAGCGCAAGAACCAAUCAGACAAGGCGGAGGUGCUGAAGUUGGACGAAGAUAAACGGAAUAAUCCGAGUGAUGGCGAUCGUUUUUUCAUGCCGGGAAUCACCGGUCGCUUUCGCGACCAAAUCGAACGCAGGAAACAGCUGUGGCAGAAGAAAGAUACAAAUCCUACAGACAAUAAAAACGGACAGAGUAAAAAAGUCUGGGAGACAACGACUUUUGCUCAAGACACUGACGGUAAAGUCGCUAGUAAAUUUAAAAGGUUGAUGGGGAUCAAAGGUGCGACGGAUGGCGCCGGUUCCACAACCGAUGUUCUGAAGAAACAGGAAGAAAUGUUCAGUUCGAUGGAACAACAAUACGAAGUUGCGCGAACAGCAACACACACAAUGCGAGGAGUGGGCCUAGGGUUUGGCAGUUUUCAGCGAUAAUUCUCAUUUAUUUACAAUGUGAUUUAGUUUUAUAAAUUGUAUUGUUUUCGCAGAUGUAGUAGGCCACAAAACAUCAUGUUAUUCACUUUAUAAUAAACACUCAUUUUCGUUUACGAAA